AUGGCCGCCUCCCGUACCGAGUUAAUUGGGUGGAUCAAUGAGCUCCUCGCGCUGAACUACACCAAGGUGGAGCAGUGUGGUAAUGGCGCCGCGUAUGCGCAGGUGAUUGACUCCAUCUACGGCAACGUGCCCAUGUCGAGGAUUAACUUUGCGGCCAAACACGAGUACGAGUCGACGGCCAACUACAAGAUCCUGCAGACCGUGUUCCAGCGCAACCGCAUCGACAAGCCGAUUCCUGUGGAGCGCCUCGUGCGCUGCAAGAUGCAGGACAACCUCGAGUUCCUGCAGUGGCUCAAGAAGUUCUGGGACAUGAACUACGCAGGUGACGGAUACGAGGCCGAGGAGCGUCGCGCUGCGGCGCCGUCGCGUGCGGGAUCGGCCGCCGGCCGGCCGCGUCCCAGCGUCGGCCCCCGCCCGAGUGUCGGCGGCGCGCGCCCCAGUAUGGGCCCUCGCCCGAGUGUCGGCGGCCGCGUCAACACGGCGUCGCGCCAGAGCACGGUUCCCCCCGUCCCCCGCCAGCCUGCGGCGCCCCGCCAGAGUACGGCACCGGUGCAGCGCCCUGCGUCGACCACGAACCCCGCGGCGCGGCGCAUGUCGGUCGCGCGUGGCGGCGCGCCGUCGCGUGCCCCCUCUGCCUCGGCUCUUUCGAACGAGACCAUCAACCAGCUCACCGCCGAGAUCGACGAGAUGAAGGUGAGCGUCGACAGCCUCGAGCGCGAGCGCGACUUUUACUUUGGGAAACUACGUGACGUGGAAAUUCUGGUACAGGAGCGCCUGGCCGAGCUCGCGCGGGCGCUCGAAGAGGCGGGCGAAGGCGCCGAGGCGCCUGAUGCCGCCGAGUCGGACACGCUCAAGCAGAUCCAGGGCGUGCUGUACCAAACCGAAGAGGGUUUCGAGCUCCCGGAUGUUGCCGACGAGGCCGAGCCGCUGGACGAGACCGAGACGUUUUAG